GUGCAGGCUUCUCAGCAGCAAAAUGUCCAUGGUGGAAAAGAGGCACUCUCCUCACCGCGUCCUCUCCCAUCCCGACUGCGACCGCAUCUCUCCACCUCCGCCUCCCCGCUGUGUCCUGAGAGAGCAGACUGAGUGAGCAGGAGCUGCUGGUUGGAGGUGACAUUGGUGUCCAAACGCAAACUGACAGCGGCUAAGUCCCUCACCACGGAGCGCACGGUCCGCUCCGUCCUGUGCACACACUGGAGCAUAGGAUGUGACCUUGACCUUGGCAUCGUUGCGAUGGAAGUGACUGGGUGUCAAGCUGGAUGCAUUUUAAACAUAAGAGAUGCAAUUGCCCCCAGUCCGGCAAGCUGAGCUGCACAGUGACCUGAAGCUCCAGGAGAAAGAUGAGCUGCAGUGGAAGAAAAUGAAGGUGGAGGGUCUGGAUGAAAACGGGGAGAGAGAGGCUCAACUCAGACGUAACUUCAAUGUGAUCCUGGCCAAGUAUGGGAUGGACGGCAAAAGGGACACUCGGCCACUGGAGAGCAACUUACUGAAAGACCACGACACCAAAGAGGGAGACAUGUUUGAUGACCCCCGACUGGACAAGCUCUGGAACAAGGCCAAGAGCUCUGGAAAGUUCUCCAAUGAGGAGAUGCUGAGCCUGAAGAGGGAGUUCCAGCACCACAAGGACAAGGUCCACGAGUACAACAUCCUCAUGGAUACCGUCAGCAGGACCGAAGAAAUACACAAGAAUGUGAUCUCUCCCCUGGAGGGCGAUGCCAAAGAGCACGUGCUGCACCAGAAGCACACAGAGCUGAAGCAGAAAAUGAGAGACCUCAACCAGGGCUUCGAGCGCCUCCGUAAGCUCAGCCACGAGGGCUUCACUGAAGACAGCGAGUUUCGGGAGCCUCGUGUGAUUGAGCUUUGGGAGGCUGCCAAGAGAGCCAACCUCAGCAAAGAUGAGCUGGACUCUCUCAAGGAGGAGCUGCAUCACUUUGAGACCAAGGUGGAGAAGCACAGCCAUUACCAGGAGCAGCUGGAGCUGUCCCACCAGAAGCUGCGACAUGUGGAGGCCUUAGGAGACAAAGAGCACAUCAAGAGGAACCAGGAAAAGUACAACACGCUCGCCGAGAAGACGAGGGAGAUGGGCUACAAGAUGAAGAAACAUUUGCAGGACUUGUCCAACAAGAUUUCUCGUGAGGGACUCCAACACAAUGAGCUCUGAGAGGCUCAGAUCAUGUUCAGCACAUCACUGAAGGUUAAAUGAACUGAAAUAUUUUGCUCUGCUGUCACACAAGGUACGCUAUGUUCCACCAUUCCCCUGCAACAACUGUAAAAUGUAUAUUAAUCAGUGUUUUCCACUUAAGGUUUUGUACUUUUCUAUUCUGCAAAUUGCUGAAUGAAUGAAAUGUAGAUUGUUUGUACAUAGUCUGAAUAUGACAUUCUGAUAAUUGUAAUAAAUAACUGAUCAGAUUCACAGUCAAGGUAAAAUAGAAUAGUUCACAUACUGUUGUCCUCUAUAGCAAUAUGUAUUUGUACAGCUAACAGCAGGCAGAUGUCGAAGAAAUGUCUGUUUGAGGAUAAAAAAAACACUGCCUCAGUAUAGCCAAAAUUGUUUCAGUACCUUUUGAGGGAUUGGGAGCUGAAGUUCAGCUGAGUGCUAGUUUCUUAAAUACUACAUAACGUAGGCUGACACCUCUGUAGCAAUUCAUCUGCUGAAACAUUGUAAUCUAACUCUGAUCAAUUAAAAACAAUGGAGAUUAGAAGAAGCACUGACACCCAGGGACCUGAAAAUGAAACAGCAACCUUUAUUAUUCCAUAAGAUACAGGCGCCAACAACAUACAUACAUAAUGUUAAAAAUAUAGUUUAUUAUUAUUCAUACUGUCUUGGCAUAAAUAAAAACAAUUAGUAUUUACAAGUCCUGUAGAGGAAAGCAGUGUCUGUAGUGACAUUAAGAGGCUUAUUCUUGGUAAAAUGUUACAUUUUUCUCACUCUUCACUUUUUUCCUCAUUGUUUUCUCAUGAGAGACACUAGUGGGGAACUAAAACUACAAAACUAAAUUUGCGUCGGAUAGUGAACAUUUUGUCCAGAUGAUAUAAAGAGGGAGGUGAGAAAUCAAAACGCACUCUGUGCUUUUCCAUUCAUCAGUUCCCUCCCUCACAGACCAGCAGCAGAGGCAUUGAUUAGUGUGAUGAAUAAUGUUACUGGGUGGCUGAUUACUCAGUCGUGUCCUGCUUGGGCCACAUGGACCUGGAUUAAUGCAAUUUGAACGUGGGGUAUAACUCUGAGCUGCUUCUUUCAAUCAAAUGCUCUUCCGCUCUGAUGUGGAAUGAUACCCAGGCAGGUUGGGGCUCUUAGCAGCUGAUAGGAAGGUGUCAGUGCGAUGACGAGGGUUUAAUCUUAGAAUUAGAUCAUAUUCUGUCCAAAGCCCAAACAGGAAAUUGGUGAGAGAACUAACAAUACAUAAUCUGUGCCCCAACAGUCUAAAGAAAAUAAAUCUAGCUAGAAUUUAAAUGACAUUCCAGCUUGACAAAAAUCUAACAAAAUGCUAUUUAAAGCUGCUGUUUGUCUCUUGUCAGUGGUAAACAUUUGUUCAGUGCCAUUCCUUCAUAAUUAAGUCUAUUUGUACUAGGACAAUAAUGUCCAGGUCAGCUAGACGGUCAAUAUGCGCUCUUCCAACCAUAUUCUCAUUGGUAGGUGUUUUAUAAGAAGAAAAAGCGCUUCAUCGAUCAUCUUCCAUGGUUAAUGAAUUAUGUUUGUUGGCAGGAGGAGCAGACUACCUGUGAACACUCCGACAUUUUCACAACUUUGAACGCCCCCAAACUAAUGAAGAGACAAGGUCUGACCUUUUUAACAUUUAAUAAUAGUUUACUCUGUAUCAGCUUCAAACUUACUAACAUGAUGUCUAACAAGUUGUCAGUGUGGCUGCAAUUUGUAAUAAUAAGAAUGGAACAAAGUUGAGUGUAAACAAACAGCAGCUUGUGUAUCACAGCUCAACAGCUAGCAUGACAUAUGGUCUAAAAAUGGAGGGCUAACUUGUCGGGGUUAUAUUGCUCAUGAUUUCUCGUGUAGCACACAGAGUAUAUAUAGAUUCAUUACAUUAAUAAGGAGGUUAAAAAGAUUUAAUAUGCAACAAAAACAGUUUUAGAAUCUAUUUAGGGUAACACAGCUAACAAAGUGCACUCAGUCCACUGUUUCAGUUAAACUAGAGAUAAUGAGAGAUAAUCCUCAACCAGGUAACUGGUUCUUUUCAUUAGACUCUAAAGUUAUUUAACUUGACAAUACCCAUACUGAUUUUCCUGCUUUGAUUAGAGAAGAGGCUUUACAUCCAGCUUGCUCUUGGCGUAACUGCUGCUACUGGCACACACUGGAGCCAUUAAAAUAUAUUACUGAAUGUGCCCGCUGUUACAAAACUACCUCUUAGAUCAAACAUAUUGAAAUAUGCUAAUUGUAAUAAGUUCACACUCAAAGCCUCAAGCAUGAUGGAACAUCCAAAUGCAGACAAGUUAGCCUACUGUUUAUAGAUGAUGUGCCAUGCUGUGAUAUGCAAACUGCCUUCUGCAAUGUUCAUAUGCUGCUUGUAAGCUGUUAAUUUUAACAAAAGGCAGCCACAUUGAUGACGUCUCUCACAUGGUGUCAAUUAGUGUGGAGCCAACUCAGAGUGCACAUUCAGUAAAUGUUGAGGAACCUACCGGUGUCCAAUAGGUUGCAAGAGUGAAAAACAUUCAAAAGGCAGGGUGUUUUGAAAACAAUCCCGUUGCAUCUUCCUCUUGCCAUCAAACAUAAUGCUUAAUCAGGAAAAGGCUAUUGACAGUUCUUGUCAAUGCGCUCAACCAAUGGAGAUUUGGUCGGAUGAGAGAUGCAAACCAACCAAUCGACCUGAAGACCACAGCCCUAAUUUAUGCCAAUCCUCAGCAGUAAUCUUAAAAGAGGCAGGUUUUCCUCAAGCCUCUGCAGAUAUAAGUGCCAUGCAGCCAAACAAGUAACAUUUCCAGGUUAAAGGCUAUCAAGAAAAUUGCAGGAAAAUGCUCGUUUAACAACAACUAUGUAAGAAAUUACACUAAAACAAGACAAGAUGGCAGCUGCAUUAGAGAACUCCCAGACAUUAAGGUUUUUUUCCUGUUAUUCUUAGUGGAAUGGAUUGAUUGUGGGAAUUUCUGUACACUGGCAUGACUACGGCUGUGUUUAAGUCAACAAUGGCUGGUAUGAUGAUCAACUGCAUUUGAGCAUUUCAGCUUAUUCAGACAGAUAGAGAGAAAAGAAAAGUAUUUUGAAGUGCCACCGAGUCACUUUGGUGGCCUUAGCCGCCUGCUCUCCGGCUGAGUCAGUCUGUCCUCUCUGCCCUGAACAUGCUCCAUCGCCACUCUCUGAGCCGUUUCCAUGGCAGUGAUGUCGAGGUGGGCGUAUCUGAUAGAGCCCUCUUCUGGUCAGGAAAUAAAGGGGGGAGAUAAGAGAAGAAAUGUGUUUUCCUACAGCGUGUCUUAUCCUGCCAUUGAUGCAUACAGUGAGAACAUGCAGUGAUCAUCAAUCAUUAAAACACAUUAUUGGGCCAUUUUGUUCUGUAUAAAUAAUUUUUAUUGGUAUGUUGGAAAUACAGAUUUAAAGCAUUUCAUCUCUGAUUCAAAAAUGCAUUUAAGUUCUUUCAUUUUCACACCUGGGAGUUUUAUUACAUUUUCCCUGUUGUAAUUUGCAUCAUGUCACUGUUUUAAAUUGUUUCAUUUCCACAGUACAAAUAUAUGUGAUUAUAUUACAUACAUAAUUUAAGCUCGAAAAUUAAAUUCAUGCCUGUUUUUCAUCAAGAA